AUGUUGGAAUAUUGGCCGGAGAUGCUGUACUCAGGGAUCAGAGAGAGAUGCUGGGUCGUUUCUCGCCUAAUGUCCGUGCUGGUUGGAUUUACCAUUCUACGGGAGAACGGCGUUCUGAUAGAGGACAUUGUGCGCUCAACUGCCGCCCUGGGCAACCCUACUAGCCUUAUGGUGCACUACAUCGAAGGAGGAGCGCGCUCUGGGCGUGAGUUCAAACCAGAUGGUGAGAUGGACGUUUGGUAUGGCCUCCUGGUCCUGGCCAUGGUCGUAGCCAGGACCACUCUCACACACUAG